AUGUGUGGUUGGUGGCAGUGCAUAAUGGUUUUCAUCAAUUUUCUUUUGAUCGGAGCAACCAUAUUGAUGGUGGAGCCGGUGGCGGCAUUGGACGGUGUUCCACUCGGAACAAAUUCUCGAUGGAUUGUGAAUAAAAAUGGACAGAGAGUGAAGCUUGCAUGUGUGAAUUGGGUGUCUCAUUUAGACGCUGUUGUGGCUGAAGGGCUCAGUAAAAAGCCAGUAGAUGAAAUUUCAAAAGGAAUAAAAACCAUGGGCUUUAACUGUGUUAGGCUAACUUGGCCAACUCUUCUUGCCACUGAUGACACCAUUUCUAAUCUACACGUUAGAAAAUCAUUGGAGAACCAUGGCCUCAAAGACUCUAUUAAUGGUUUUCAGUCCAAUAAUCCUUCCAUUGUUGAUCUUUCACUCAUUCAAGCUUUUCAGGCAGUUGUAAAAAGCCUCGAGAACAAUGAUGUGAUGGUGAUUUUGGACAACCACCUAACAAUGCCAGGAUGGUGUUGUGGUAAUACCGAUGGCAAUGGAUUUUUUGGCGACCAAUAUUUCGACCCGAAUCUAUGGAUCCAGGGCCUAACCAAAAUGGCCACUCUUUUCAAUGGAGUUCCUAAUGUGGUAGGUAUGAGCUUGAGGAAUGAACUCAGAGGCCCAAAACAGAAUGAAAACGAUUGGUACAGGUAUAUGGUGCAAGGAGCAGAAGCAGUUCAUGCCGCAAAUCCAAACGUUCUUGUAAUUUUAUCUGGAUUAAACUUUGCUAAAGACUUAUCAUUCAUUUCCAGAAGACCAGUGAAGGUGUCAUUCAAAGAGAAACUAGUAUUUGAGGCACAUAGGUAUGCGUUCACUGAUGGUCAAGUUUGGGAAAAUGAAAACCCAAAUCAAGUAUGUGGACGAGUAACUCAAAAUAUGAAGGACACAUCUGGGUACUUGGUGGAUCAAGGAUAUCCAUUGUUUAUGAGUGAGUUUGGGGUUGAUUUGAGAGGUACCAAUGUCAAUGACAACCGUUAUCUUAGUUGCUUUAUAGCAUAUGCAGCUGAACUUGAUUUGGAUUGGGCCUUAUGGACAUUGCAAGGUAGUUACUACAUUAGGCAAGGGGAUGUUGAACAUGAAGAGGUUUAUGGUAUUCUUGAUUUGAAGUGGACACAAGUUCGAAAUAUUGACUUCUUGCAUAUGAUUAAUUCCGUUCAACUUCCAUAUAAAGGUCCGGGCAUAAUACAAGGAGAUCCAUACAAACUUAUAUUCCACCCGUUAACGGGUCUUUGCGUGAUAUGGAAGUUUUCAGAAAAACAGUUGAAGUUGGGUCCAUGUUUUUCUUCUGAUGGUUGGGACUACACACCACAAAACAUACUAUUAAGAAAAGAAACAAAUGAAUGCAUAAAAGUCGUGAAUGAAGGGAAACCUGCAACACUUAGCACAAGUUGUUCGGGUGAUGACUCAAAAUGGGACAUGAUCUCAGAUUCUAAACUGCACCUUUCAUCAAAAACAUCAAAUGUUUGUCUAGAUGUGGAUGGAAACAACAACAUCGUGACCAAUGCUUGUAAAUGCUUGAGCCAAGAUAAAUCAUGUGACCCUGCAAGCCAAUGGUUUAAGAUUAUCGAUAGCGGUAAGAGGUCAAUUCAGUCAAGUUCAACAUUUUCCAAGACUUUUAUGAAACCAUUGAUCUCAACCUAA